AUGGCCGAAUACAACUAUUCAGCCCUCGGUGAGCGGGAUUUCAGAAUCCUCUCCCUCUCGCCUGGAAAAUUCAAUGAACCCUUAAAGGGCGAGCUCAUCGUCCGUGCCGUCGACCCCUACGUCGACGAGGCCAGCAAACACGACGGCGAGAUCCCCGAGACGGCCGACUCAUACGAGGCCGUCUCUUACGUCUGGGGCUCCAACGACACGCCUCGCAGCAUCACCCUGUCCUCCACCGAGGUCUCCAUCACCGAGAACCUGUACAACUGCCUCAGGCGCGUGCGUCUCGAGGACCGCCCUCGCAACGUCUGGGCCGAUGCGCUGUGCAUCAACCAGGCCGACAAGGCGGAGAAGCAGGCGCAGGUCAUGCUCGUGCACGACAUCUACGUCGGGUCCCGCCGGACUCUCGCUUACCUCGGCGAGGAGGCCGACGGCAGCAAGGAGGCGAUGGAGCUGAUUGAGAAGUACUGGCGGGUCAACAUCCCGAACCCGCUCAACGCCGGAGCGCGUGCGUUCCUGGAGGACUUGCAGGGCGAGCCUGUGCCCGAUGCGCCGACAGGCGCCGAGGCGGAGCUGCCGGCCGAAGGCGACGAGAAGUGGUUGGCCGUGUCGCGGUUCUGGAACAGGGCCUGGUUCAAGAGGGUCUGGAUCGUGCAGGAGUUCAUUCUCGCGAGGGACGUGCUGAUGAUCUGCGGAGACAAGACGGUGAACUGGGCGCAGCUCUGGCCGGCCACGAUCGCGCUGGAGGAGCCGGAGAGCCCGCCCUGGCCGUUGAUUGACGAGAAGGGCGACGAGGUUGAGAGCGCGGCGGAUCUGAUGGCCAACAUGGCUCAAAGACUCCGCUUCUACCAGCUUGGUGCUAUGAGAGGAAACGACAGAGAGCACGGUCACGGCGAUGAUGGUCACGAUCAUGGACACGAGCACGGUGGAGGCUGCUGUGGAGGAGCACACGGACAUGACGAUGACGAUGAAGAGGUUGAGGAGGUUGAAGACGGCGAGGACGGUGAGGACGGCGAGUGGGAGUCUGAAGAUGAGGGCGAAGACCCCAAGCGCUCCACGGAACUCCUCAGCCUCCUUCUCUCCUUCCGCGAAGUCGAAGCCACCGACCCGCGGGAUUUCUAUUUUGCCCUCCUGGGCUUGGCCGCCGACGGCGACAGGCCCGAAUUCCGCCCCGACUACUCGGAGACAUUCGAGGAGACGGCCCUGCGCUUCGGCCGCACCCUUUUGCACGAGCCCUUCAGCGAAGAGCUGCUCGACCACGCCGGUAUCGCGGAACACCUCAACGGCGCCGACAACAAGGUCCCCUCCUGGCUGCCCGACUUCCGCAGGCCGUGGCGACGCAUGACUGUUGCGGACGCCGCCGAGUCCGAAGCCGCGGGAGAGACGGACUUCGACUUCGGCUUCGACCCUAACGAGGCGGAGGACGAGCUGUUGUUGAAGGGUGUCAAGGUCGACACCAUCGCGCAGAUGAGCGGCAUCCCCCGCGCGGCGCAUUUGCACGCUGACCGUCCGUCGAUGUGGGUCAAGAAAGACCUCGUCACGCUCUCGAAGCUCAUCGAGAAGAUCCCCGGCUUCGAGAAGGCGACUUACCCCACGGGCGAAUCCAGCUUGGAGGCGAUCCUGAGAACACUCACCUUCUUCCAGACCGAGGCCGACGAGGAGGAAGUCCCCAUGGCGACGCUGAAGCUGGCGUACCGCUUCUGCACGGCCGUCGAGGACGACGACCUCGACCCUGAGAGAUCCGAGCGGGACGUUCUGCGCCGCGAGAUUGAGCUAUCUGGUAGAUCGGCCGAGGACGCCAACGAGGCGCUCGUGGCAGCGGGCCAGAUCCUCAUCAACCGCAUCUUCACCACCCGCUCCGCGCUGGAUUUGGUGCUUGCAAAGGGAGAGAAGUAUGUCUCCAUGGUGCCGGACGGAUGCGAGGCCGGAGACGAGAUCUGGGUGAUUAAGGGAUGCAACGCGCCUUUCGUGUUGAGGAAGAGCGCCGAGCGGGAGGGUCUCAGACGGAUUGUCGGUACGGCGUACGUGCACGGUAUAAUGGAAGGAGAGGCGGUGGAGGAGGAUGUCGAGUUUGAGCCGAUUUCGAUUCACUGA